AGACCGUCCCUUCUCUACCAUCAUUGAAAAUAAGGCCAAGAAGUAGGCCUUGUUUCCUCUCUCUCUCUCUGUCUCUCUGUGACUGUGUGUCUCUAUUUCGCUGAGUCCCAAGGCUGAUGUAUCCAAGAUGGAUGCAAAUGGAAAACGGGGUACUGAGAUUUGCUAGGCUUGUGAAGGGUUAGGGUUAGGGUUUGCCUUCAGAGAGCUGCGCCAAAGAGAAGAUGAUGUGCAAGGGAAGCCGCCUCCAUGGCCAUGGGGCAUCUCAAAAGGACAAGUGUGAGGGCACUCCGGCAGCCUCACGUCCUCGCCGGAAAACGAAGAAUCCUCCUUCACCGUCCUCUUUCAUCCGCGCCACCGUGGACGGCAAAACCAUGGUGUUGUCCAAGUUUUUCCCUCUGCCUGCCAAUGCAUCCGAUGUGACGGUCAUCUCUAGGAAGGAGGCUGAUAGGGCUGCCAGGGCUCGCAUUAGGAAUGGCCUUCUUCAAGCUCCUCCGCCAAACAAACCUCCUCGCCGGAGAAACAAAUCUCCUCCUUCUCCACCUCCUUCACCGCCAUCAGCCUCCUCCUAUUAUAUCCGUGCCAUUGUUAAUGGUGAAACAAAGGUGCUGUCGCCCUACUUCCCUCUGCCUACUAAUGCAACCUCUGUGGAAAUCAUCCCCAAGAAGAGGAAGGAUGACACCACCACCACCACCACCACCACCACUACUACCAACAACAACAAGAAGAGCAAAGUUUCCCCUCAGUUGACUGCCGCAGAGAAAAAGUCUGAUGCUUACAAACGUGUGGACGCCAACAAUACUUGGGUUCCUCCAAGAUCUCCAUACAAUCUUUUGCAGGAAAAUCAUUACUUUGAUCCUUGGAGGGUCCUCAUUAUUUGCAUGCUGCUCAAUAAGACCAGUGGUAAGCAGGUUCGACCUGUGAUUCGGCACUUGUUUUCUUUGUGCCCUGAUGCAGAGUCAAUGGCAUGGAAGGUUGAAGAAGAGGAAAUAGAAGAGGUUAUACGUAACCUUGGAUUACAGAAGACUCGUGCGAAAAAGAUGAAACGGUUUUCACAGGAGUAUCUGGGAGAGGACUGGACUCAUGUCACACAACUCCAUGGUGUUGGGAAGUAUGCAGCUGAUGCGUAUGCAAUAUUUUGUGGUGGAAAACCACAAGAAGUGAUUCCACAUGACCACAUGCUGGUUCCGUACUGGGAGUUUCUAUGCAACAUGCGAGAGGCAGGUGAAGAGACUCUUGUUUUGCAGAAUCAACAUAGCACGGAAAAUUAAUUGAUCAAUGGUCUUAUUUAUGUUGCCAGUGUCAUGCCGUGUUAUGAAGUGUUUAUGCAAUCCUUAAAAUUGUGUUAAAGUUCUACAAAUUCUGCGAAGAAAUGGUAUACCAGUAUAUGCUAUGACUAUAUUAUGGCUAUAGAAGAUUUUUGUGUUUUGGGUUGUGGAAUGCUCUUGAAGUAGAGCCAGUACACUACUAGUUUGUAUAUAUGAUAGUGAAAAUUGCAGAGGACUUGAGUUUCGUUUUUUA